AUGAAUAAUAUCAACAAUGCCAUGUUUUCUGUGAAUAGACUACUAAAUUAUAAAAGCUGUCUUAACAGAAUAGCUAAUCAAAAACCAGCAAUUAAUUUUGUAUUGUUUUGCCUUAAGAAACAAUUUUAUCAUAACAAUAAUCUCAAACAGGGGUCAACUGAACUCAUCAUUAAAGGAUCUCUUCCAAAUUCUCAAAAUUUCAAACAAAAACCUGAAAUUCCUAGAGAGUUAAUUCAUAAAGAUGAUCCCGAUCGAUUUGGUGUUUUGUCAGGAACUGCAAUAUUUACUAGCAAGUACGAUAGUGAUAUUGGAGAUAAGGAAGAAGAUGAAUAUCUAACUGAGCGGCCUAACUAUCUACCUACAAUUCAUUAUGCAAAACUAAUGAAGGAGGAAUUAAAAAACAAACGAUUGAAAAAUGCUUUAGAUAUCUUAGAAAUCAAAAUGUUAAAAGAAGACAGGGCUAAACCUGAUAAGUACAUUUAUAGUAUCUUAAUAUCAGGCUGUGCAGCUGUUGGUUAUACUAAAAAGGCUUUUAUGUUGUUUAAUGAUAUGAAAAAAAGAAACUUGAAAAUUUCAGGAGGGAUAUAUACUUCAUUGUUUAAUGCUUGCGCUAAUAGUCCUUGGCCAGAAGAUGGUUUAAAAAGAGCCACUCAAUUACGGGAAUUGAUGUUUGAAAAACAUUAUGAACCAAAUAUUACAAAUUAUAAUGCGAUGAUUAAAGCUUUUGGAAGAUGUGGUGAUCUUAAAACUGCUUUUAUGCUUGUUGAUGAAAUGAUUGAUAAAAGACUGAAUGUUCCUAUAAGUACUAUGAAUUUUUUGUUACAAGCUAGUAUUAGUGAUAAAAUUGCAGGUUUUAGACAUGGAUUAUUGGUGUGGAGAAAAAUAUUACAUAUGAAGAAAAAGCCCGAUGUAUAUACAUUCAAUUUAUUACUGCACUGUAUAAGAGAUUGUGGACUUGGCGAUAUUGAAGAAUCAAAAUCAUUUUUUGAUAAUUUAAAUGAAGGUUCUAAAAGAUUAGAUGGACCAUCUAAUCAAAUUUUAUUAAAUUCUUCUUCAAACAAUUCUGUAUUAAAAACACAAGAUGCAAAUGAAGUAGAGAACAAUUUGCCUAAUCUACUAUCUCAAACACCCCAUUUUGGGAAAAUCGUGGACAUUACAGGCAUAACAAAUCCAGAGCAUAGAUUACUUUUAUUAGGAGGUGCUUCUGGUUUCUUAAAAGAAAUGUAUGUUCAUAAAGCAGUACCAGAUUUAAAAACUUUCACACAAUUACUCCAAGUGAUACCUUCAACAAAUGCUGCUGAGACUGCUUUGCUAAGAAUGAUGAAAAAAACUGGUAUUAAAGUUGAUGUUUGUUUCUUUAACAUGUUGAUGAAAAAAAGAGUGUUACGUUAUGAAUAUGAAAGCGCAAAGGAAGUUUUGAAUAUGAUAAAAACUGCUGGUUUGAAACCUGAUAUUAUUACUUACGGAGUAUUGGCAAUGACUUGUCAAUCAAAAUUUGAGGCUAGAGAUUUACUAGAUGAUAUCAGUGGUGCUGGAUUCAGAGGCAAUGCUGAAAUUAUGGGUGCAAUGCUAAAUGUUGCAUGUAAAAAGAUGUCAUUCGGAUAUGUUUUAUUAAUUAUGGAAGAAAUAUUAAAUGAAGAUAUUGAACCAAAUAAAUAUUUUUAUAGCACUCUUGAAAAUUUUUAUCAAAAAUGUAAACGAUGCAAUGAAGAGUUAGCUAAUAAUGUUCCAUGUGAGGAUUUGAAACAUAUUAAUAGAGAUUAUUUCUUAACUUUGUACCCAAAGUUUUCAAAUUCAUACAAAUCUUGGAUUGAUAAAGUUCAAGCAAAAUAUCCAAAUUGUGAUAUUCAUCCUUGGGAUCAAUAUCGUAAACCAAUAGAUGAUGGUUUUGAAGGAAGAAAAAUAUUUGAGAAACGAAGAAAGAUUAAGAAACGGUUUAUAAGAGCUAUUGCAUAA